AUGGCAGACGCAGCCUACGAGCUUGCCAAUGCAAAGCUCACUUCGAGUGAGUCCACAAUAUCCACAAAGCCUGACCUACAUAAGGUGUAUCGCAAGAUAGAUGUCAGAGUCCUGUGGUUUCUCUGUGGUAUCUACUUUCUUCAGUUCAUCGAUAAGUCUUUGCUCAACUAUGCUGGGGUCAUGGGAAUCAAAGACUACUUGAAGAAAGGCCUGGAUCAGUUUCUGAACUUAGGCACCAUGUUCUUUGUGGGCUUCAUUGUCGGAGAGCCUAUAAGCGCAUACUUGUUUCAGAAACUCCCUGCUGCCAAACUCUUGAGUUUCAAUAUUUUCGCCUGGGGCAUUAUCAUCAUUGGCCAUGCUUUCCUGAAGAACUACGCCUCGUUGAUGGUGGUGAGAACGCUUUUGGGUCUCUUCGAGGCUUGCGUGGCUCCUGGGUGUGUGUUGGUGACAGGAAUGUGGUAUAAUCAGAGCCAGCAGCUUAGGAGACUCUGCUGGUGGACGUGCCAAGCGGGAUUUUCAACAAUUAUUGGAGGACUUUUGAGUUUUGCUUUUCAGCACGUCAAAUCUGAAUCUUUUCAAGGCUGGCAGAUCUUCUAUUUGGUCAUGGGGGUUAUAACCGCCGCAUACGGUAUUCUUGUGGGCAUUUUCGUUCCUGAUUCGCCAGUAAAGUGCAACUUUCUCUCUGACGAAGAGAAAGUGGCUGUUUUGCAAAAUAUCAAGCCCAACAAUACCGGCACAGAGACUUAUGUUUUCAAAUGGAACCAGGUGAGAGAGUUGUUUCUCAAAGAUAAGCAUACUUACGUCUUUCUUGCGUUGACGUUGCUCUCCAUGAUUCCUACUGGUGCAGUAUUGACCUUCUCCGUUCAGAUCAUCGCUAACAUUGGCUUCUCAAAUAAGCACGCUGCGUUGAUGCAAAUGCCUUUGGGAGUUACUACCAUUUUGGCCAUUGUCAUUGGAACAUAUUUGUGUGCCCAUUUUCAUGGGAGAUACAGAAACCUUAUCUUUAUCUCCAUGCUUGUUCCUGCUAUAAUUGGCUAUAUUGUACUCAUUUCGAGCCACAACAAAAUCGGGCAACUUUUAGCUGUCUACCUCAUCAACGUUGGAACCUGUGUGAUAACAAUGAUAUACUCGUGGAAUUCCGCAAAUACGGCUGGAUACACGAAAAGAGUCGUAAGAAACUGUAUCACCAUGAUAUUUUAUGCUGUCGGCUGUCUUAUUGGGCCUCAGCUCUUUCGAGCUCAAGAUGCCCCUCGAUACCUUCGUGCCAAGAUCACCCUUUUGGUGAUUGAGUGUGUUUGCAUCCCCAUAACUCUACUCGUUAGCUACAUCUCACGCUCAGAAAAUAUUCAGAGAGAGUCCAUAUCAAAAGAGGAGGAGGAUAAUUGGGUAUCAGAGAAAGGAUCAAACUACCAAUUCUUGGAUUUAACCGAUAAAGAAAACAUUCAUUUUCGUUACUCGUACUGA